AUGUAUCCGAGACUUAACGCCGUUACUGGAUGCCUUGUCCAUGUUAAGCCUGAGAAUCACAGUAAAGAAAGAAUAGACCACCGGUGCCGCCGAUUUCGGCAGCUUCCGUCGACGAGGGAGACUCUAUCAUUGACCACCGCAUUCACAGUCGCCGCCGCCGUCUAUCGGUCACCAUUGAAAAUAUGUGGGCAUGAUGGGGAUAAAGUUGAUGAUUGGAAGAAAAACAUCUUUCCUGUUUAA